GACCCCGGUUUUGCCAGCCAGGCGCUUAUCAACAAGAAGUUAAAUGACUACCGGAAAGUGAGCCCCGCGGGUGCCAAGCCCGAUUCCUCGCCCAAGGGCUCCCGUGGGCUGGGGAUCCGAGCCGAGUUCCUGAAGCAGACGGGAACCAGCGUGCCCCGGUCCCCCAGGCAGGAUGCGGCCGUCACGAAAGAUGAGAGCAGCUCCCAAAAAGCCCCGUGGGGCAUCAAUAUCAUGAAGAAGAACAAGAAAUCUGCCCCUCGGGCGUUUGGCGUGAGGCUGGAGGAUUGUCAGCCUGCCCCAGACAACAAGAACGUCCCCCUGAUCGUCGAAGCUUGCUGCAAGGUGGUGGAGGACCGAGGGCUGGAGUACAUGGGCAUCUAUCGUGUGCCCGGGCACAACGCAGUGCGGUGGCAGGAUCUGAACGUUAUCAGCAGCCUGUUGAAAUCCUUCUUCCGAAAGCUGCCCGAGCCCCUCUUCACCGACGGUGAGUCCCUGUCCCUGGCCAGCUCCUGCUUCCCCAGAGUGGCCAUCGGUGACCCUGUGCUGGUGGCCAC